AUGGCUGUGAGCCCAGCUUGGAGGACAUUGGCACUGAACCACGGCGGUGUCUUUCGGAAGGCCGGGAGAAGCAGUGGUCUUUCCUUGUGUCCCUGGGGCCGCUGUGCCUGGAGAGGGAAUGGGAGCUUUCUGGACCCUGAGGUGAAAGCCUUCUUGGAGGAGAACACUGAAGUCACCUGCAGUGGCAGCCUCACCCCUGAAAUCCGGUUGCGGCUUUUGACCCCCAGAUGCAAGUUUUGGUGGGAAAGAGCUGACCUGUGGCCCCACAGCGAUCCUUACUGGGCCAUCUACUGGCCAGGAGGCCAAGCCCUGUCUAGGUAUCUUUUGGAUAAUCCUGAUGUUGUCAGAAGAAAAUCUGUGUUAGAUCUCGGGAGUGGAUGUGGAGCUACGGCUAUCGCUGCUAAGAUGAGUGGGGCAUCGAGGAUCUUGGCCAACGACAUAGACCCUAUUGCAGGAAUGGCUAUCACACUGAAUUGUGAAUUGAACCAACUGAAACCUUUUCCCAUUUUAACCAAAAAUAUUUUGGAUUUGGAUUAUCUUGAUAAGUGGGACCUUGUUGUGCUUGGAGAUAUGUUUUAUGAUGAAGACCUUGCAGAUAGUCUUCAUCAAUGGCUGAAGGAUUGCUUUUGGACUCACAAAACUCAAGUACUGAUUGGUGACCCCGGCCGGCCCCAGUUCAGAGGACACAGCAUUCAGCAUCAGCUGCACAAAGUGGUAGAAUAUUCUCUUCCAGAACCUACUAGGCAGGAAAACAAUGGACUGACAACAAGCGCAGUGUGGGAUUUCCAGCCUUGA